CUCAAUCAGUGUCUAUGGCAACAGCACGUCGAACGGCCGGGUCACGUGACUACGCCGCUGUCUCGCGGACAGGACAUAGCCAGCAAAGCAGACUCCUCUUUUCCCCUCAAUCGGUGCAGUGUUGCUGCGCUGAAUUCAUCCAGCCAUGACUACAAUAGGAAUAUAAAAGGUCUGCGGCGAGGUUUAAACUCUGGUAAAGCCAGCCCGAGACCAGAGACAACACAAGCUUUCCCCGAGCUUUCAAUGCUGGACACCCUGAUCUCCCGGCAUUAAGAUCUGUGAGGCUGGGAGAGACGACACCCAGCCGUCCAUCAAACUACCCCGACCCAACAUGAUUGCCUCCAGCGACGUAGACAACCGAGGUGAAGCUUCUUUAUUCUCGGACCCAAUUCCCUCAGAAAUGGAUGCACUUUGUCCCUCUCCUCCAGGACCUACACGGCCCCAACGGGAUUAUGAGAGGAUUGGAGGACGGGCGGGAACCUCUUUUUGUCAGACUCUUAUACACCUUCUGAAAGGGAACAUUGGCACCGGGCUGCUGGGUCUGCCUCUGGCUGUCAAGAAUGCAGGCCUGGUGCUCGGCCCUAUCAGCCUGCUGUUUAUGGGCGUUGUAGCGAUCAACUGUAUGCAGGUGCUUGUGAAAUGUUCCCACCACCUAAGUGUAAAGAUGAACCGGCCAUCUCUGACCUACGGAGAGGUGGUGCAGUACGGGAUGGAAAACGUGUCCUGGCUGAGGAGACACUCCCAGUGGGGAAAACGGAUCGUGAACGUGUUUCUAAUCAUCACCCAGCUGGGCUUCUGCUGCGUCUACUUUGUCUUCCUUAGUGACAACAUCAAGCAGGUGGUAGAAGCAGCCAACGCCACCACCUUCAACUGCCACAUGAACCACACCAACCAGACCCAGAUCCUGGUGCCGAGCUUCGACUCCCGCCUCUACAUGCUCUGCUUCCUGCCUGCCCUCAUCCUGCUGGUGUUCACCCCCGACCUCCGGUACCUGGCUCCCCUCUCUCUGGUGGCAAACCUGGUCAUGAGCGCCAGCUUGAUCCUCAUCUACUUCUACUCAAUCACGAACAUCAGAUACCCCAUCAACCUGCCAAAAGUGGGCAGGGCUAAAGACUACCCUCUCUUCUUUGGUACAGCCAUCUUUGCCUUCGAAGGGAUCGGAGUGGUUCUUCCCCUGGAGAACAAGAUGCACAGGCCUCAGAGUUUCAUCCCAGUUCUGUAUUUGGGGAUGGGCAUCGUCACCUUCCUUUACAUCAGCCUUGGUACCAUAGGAUAUUUGUGCUUUGGAGAGCACAUAGGAGGAAGCAUCACUCUCAACCUGCCGAACUGCUGGAUGUACCAGGCGGUGAAGCUGCUGUACUCUUUUGGUAUUUUCAUCACCUUCGCCCUGCAGUUCUAUGUGCCAGCAGAGAUUCUCAUACCACCAGUACUGACUCGGGUGUCAGAGAGGUGGGAGAAAACCGUCGACCUACUGCUCCGCACCGUCCUGGUCAUCUUCACAUGUGGUCUCGCCAUCCUGAUACCAGAGCUGGACCUGGUAAUCUCAUUGGUCGGCUCGGUCAGCAGCAGUUUCCUGGCACUAAUCUUCCCUCCCAUCCUCCAGAUUCUAACUUUUCACACAGAGGGCCUGUCGCCGCUGGUGACUGUCAAGAACAUCAUCAUCAGCGUGAUCGGCUUCAUCGGGUUCCUCACAGGAACCUACAUCGCCAUCGUCGAGAUCGUCGCCCGUAACGCACUCAAACGGGAAGAGACAUUCUCCUCCUACAUGGUCCAGUGAUGAGGUGAAGGGACCGUUGACAGGUGGAUGAAACAAAAAACACACCCAGGCCAUUUAGAAACCAUUUUAGGGAACAUUUAUUUUAUUUCUUAUUCGAUUUGCUGCUGUUGGAAAUGGCGGCCACUUAAGUAUUAAUCUAUCACAGGUUUAGGCUGUUUGACCAUGUAAGGAUUUUUGACGCUGAAUCGUGAUUUAUGCUUCUGCGCUAAAUCCACGCCAUGACCACGUACGUAAGUGCGUUCGAGACACAGACCCUACGCUGUAGCCUGACGUGCACCUCUCGAAUGAUUUAACUUAAUGUCGCGGUGACGCUCGGCCGUGUCUUGGUAGCGUUGCAUUUCCCCCUUCUCCUUUCCUGAUUCUCCUUCUCCAUGAACAACAUGAAAUCAAGGAGAGGGUUAACUUGACCUGCUACAGAUUUCCCACUGUGGUCAGAAAGCAUAGGGGAGACACUUUGUUUCUCUCACUAUGUCUCUAGAGUCAGCCCUCGCUAUACCACACACUCCCUACACACAUACACAUGCUGGCUCUGCUGUUCUCUUAAAAAGGUUGAUGCACACACCAACGCACAAGAAAAAGCUUCAGGCCACUUCCUUAUAGGCUACGGUGAAAGCUCUGCUUGGAUUCUCUGCAGAACCAUAAGUCACGUUUAACUGUUGGGUUUCAUUAUGUCACUGCUGUACAGUGUCCUGUCUUAUCUGACAUACAUGACAACCUCCAGUUACUCACAUUUCAUCAAGUCUAGGAAUUUAGUGUAAUCUAAGGAUAACAUAAUUAUGAUGAAGGCUACAUAGUUAGAUUUUAAGCCGGAGGGUUUUCUAGUGGUAAAUUAUCAUUUUGACAACCUGAAUAUAUUAAUCUCAAAUUAUACUACCUCACAAAAUGGAAUCAAUUUGGUCUUUCAGAACUUUUUAACUUCCAGAUUAGAUGCUGUUGCUGAAAUAAUGUGGAUUUGUUACCCAAACGGGAGUUUGACCACCCAUCCAAAAACUACCUAUUUUUUUUGGGACUGUAAUUCAUGCCUCAUUCAGUGAAACAGCGCACUACUUUGUCAUAGACAACACGUCACGCAAACUUUAAAUCAUGUAGAACCAUUUCAAUACUCAACCCUUAAUUUGUUCUGAGUUGGAACCAGUUAAAUAAGAACUUUGGAUUCUUUAGGAAUUGUGCUUUUCGAUUUUGCUUAUCGAAUCCUGAUAGCGUGGUUACACACGUCCGAGCAUGUGUGCAGCGUUUACAUUUGUGCUUAGAUGUACGGAAAUGUAAAUUACAUUCACCAAAGGAAAAAGGAGUCCGUAUGUCUUAAUUUAGAGACAUUAAAGGGAUAGUUGAAGCUGUUUUAGCCAUCUAUUGUUUCUUCAAAGCCACUCCUUUGACAAAAGCAGUCAUUGUACCUUGAAGAACACAGGAGUUCCUGGUGUACCACUGCCUUGAUCAUAAGUGGGCAUACACACCGAAAAAAAAAAAGGGAUCCGGCAAUUUGCCUCAGGGUAGUGCGGCGAAGGGGGGGGGGGUUGUCAUUGAAACGGCCCAUUUGUGUGACAUCCUGUUGCGUUCUUAAACCGCCCAACAAAGCACAAGUCGAUUUUAUAUUUCACAAUAACUAUUUUCCGCCAGAUCGUUUAGAGAUUUCAACGUUUUCGACUGAACUUGAAUGCAACUUUAUUUCACAGGAGAGAGAAAGAGACGAGCGAGACAUGGCGAGUGCUUUGUUGUUGCAGGAAACAUGUUGCAUGGUGUUUUAGAACUUUCUUGUUACAGCGACCGAGUGAUGUUUCCUGUACGGGAUUCUCACACCGCCUUAAACCACAGCUCCAAAAACACAGCGACAAGUCUGAUCUCCGGUUAAAUGAUUUGACACAGCAGUGUGACAUAUGGUUGCUCUUCUCCAAACAGUGCGUCAGGGUCAACGCUUCGCCGCAGGCCCGCUGUGUUUUUUUGAGCGUCCCUUACCGCAGCCUAACUUCAUUUAAGCCCCAAAUAUAAGCUAUUAUGAGAUAAUUAAAGACAUAGUGCGUAGUUUCUGUCGCCCCCAUGAAGAAUUCUAACUAAUCACAACAAAACUGUCGGAGCGUCCACAUGAUACAAGCCUUCUGUGACCGCACACAGCCUCCCCCCCCACCCUUCCUCCAAGAAAAACAUUCCAAUCAAUGGGAAACUUGACAACUUGUCCGUGACAAGACAAAGUAGUAUAUCUACUGUAUAUUUAAAUGUGUGUUCAAUUUUAUGAAGUUUUACAUACUUGGUUGCUAUAACUCUUCAAGAAACAAGAAAUCAGGAUUUGAUAAGAAAUUUCAUUGAUGAGCACAAUGAUACUCAGCCCAAAACAAUAUUCCGCGUUGAAAACGUUCAGUCAAAAUAUAUCACUUAGGAAACUUGGUUGUCGUGGGUUUAUGCAGGAGCUCUUGUGUGUACGACCUUUUUUUUUUUUUUUUCUUGUCCUAAAAUUUCUUGUCCUUUUUUUUUUAAUGUGUUUAUAUUUGUUAAUGUUUCACUAAAUUAACGGGCGGGUAUGUUUAAAUAGUUUUUAUUAUUAUUCAAGAGCAUGCAUAUUUAAAACUUACACCUAAACCUGAACAUGCUCUUUUGCUUUGAUUACGGAGAGGGUCUGCAUGUAAGAUAAUGUAAUUUGUAUGUAAUAUAAAACACAUGUUUCAAUUAAAAGCUGUAGGUUUUAUUUUCAUGAAACAAACCCAAUCCAUUUGCUUUAGUUAACAGACAGGCCAACACAGUCUGUAAGUUCAUUCUGAACCUUCUGUACUUUUGUAUGUAGGGCUGGGGUAAAAUAAUCAAUUUCCCAAUUAAAACCAAUCUUUGUUUGAGGGAUCUGAUGUGGAUUGGUAAAGUCUCGAUAUUAAUCUUUUAAGACAUGCCUUUUCGCCAUGUAUGUGGUAUAUUGAUGUUAACAUUAACCUGCUGCAAACAUAUUUUAAGGGUCGUUUCUGGCUUGUACAAUUUACAACAGAAGUUGAGAAUUAGGGAUCAACCGAUACUGGUUUUUCAAGGCCAACACCCAUACCUAUAAGUAGUUAAAGCUACAGUGCGUAGUUUCUGUCGCCCCCGUGAGGAAUACUAAUUAAUGACAAAAAAAACUGUUGCGUCCACAUGACACAAGCCUUCCGUGAUCACCGAAGCAGAGGGACGGAUACAGAGCUGUAGCCGAGCCAAAGUAGAACUCUUUUUAAUUCAUUAACUUUAUCGGUUAUCAGCCAAAUAAACCCUGAUACAGAUGAUCUGCAAACUGCCAAAAAACGGCCAGAAAAUCCAUCUUUCCCUACUGAGAAUGACCAUUAUAUCCAAGCAAUAUUGGUAUUGUGACAAAAAAGGUCCCUAACCUCAUUGAUACCGAAUCGGAAAUGUAAUCCAAUCUGAACCUUGUGAAUCGGAAUCGUAUCGAUUUGGGAAAUCCUCGGCGAUGCGCAGCCCUGGUUGUAUUUCUCCAGUGUUUCUGUGGCAGUAUAAAGCAGACGUGGUGUUUGAUAACCUGAGAGCUAUGAGCCUUAUGUGUAUUUUGUAACAGCUGUCGAUUUAAAUCACAGUUGAAGUUGUUUUUGUGUGUAUAUAUCCAUCUGUGGCACAUGUAAAUGUAAAACACAGACACCCACAACUGUUAAAUCUCACGUGGAACACCCAUUUUUCUCGUAUUCUCCUAUGGAUGGAACUUAUGUGCUAA